AUGGCUACUCAUGUGGAAGAACGCCAGAUUCAGAAGAAGUAUUGGCUGGAUAACAUUUCUGAUUUGAGUGUGAAUGCAAUGAUGCUCGACUCCAAAGCAUCUGAACUUGACAAGGAAGAAAGACCUGAGAUACUUUCUCUGCUUCCACCAUAUGAAGGAAAAACAGUUUUGGAACUUGGAGCUGGUAUUGGCCGUUUCACUGGGGAAUUGGCACAGAAGGCUGGCCAAGUUGUGGCUUUGGACUUCAUUGAGAGUGCAAUAAAAAAGAAUGAAAAUAUCAACGGACACUAUAAGAAUGUCAAGUUUAUGUGUGCUGAUGUGACAUCCCCAGAUCUGAAUUUUUCAGAGGGGUCAGUGGAUUUGAUAUUCUCAAAUUGGCUUCUUAUGUAUCUUUCCGACAAAGAGGUGGAGAAUCUGGUAGAAAAGAUGGUGAAAUGGGUAAAGGUGGAUGGGUUUAUUUUCUUCAGAGAGUCUUGUUUUCAUCAAUCUGGAGAUUCUAAGCGAAAAUACAACCCAACCCACUACCGGGAACCCAGAUUCUACACAAAGGUGUUUAAAGAAUGCCAUGCACAUGAUGGGUCUGGAAAUUCUUUCGAACUCUCUCUUAUUGGCUACAAAUGCAUUUCAGCUUAUGUGAAAAACAAAAAGAACCAGAAUCAGAUUUGUUGGAUAUGGCAGAAAGUUAGGUCACAUGAGGAUAAGGGGUUCCAGCGAUUCUUAGAUAAUGUUCAGUAUAAAUCAAAUGGCAUAUUACGUUAUGAGCGUGUCUUUGGACAAGGUUAUGUGAGUACAGGAGGAAUUGAGACAACCAAAGAAUUUGUGGGGAAACUGGAUCUUAAGCCUGGCCAGAAAGUCCUAGAUGUUGGCUGUGGGAUUGGGGGAGGUGACUUUUACAUGGCUGAGAACUUUGAUGUGGAGGUUGUAGGCAUUGACCUCUCCAUAAAUAUGAUUUCUUUUGCCCUUGAACGUGCCAUUGGGCUCAAAUGCUCUGUUGAGUUUGAAGUUGCUGAUUGUACUACAAAGACAUAUCCUGACAACACAUUUGAUGUUAUCUACAGCCGUGACACCAUUUUGCACAUUCAAGACAAACCUGCAUUAUUUAGAUCUUUCUUCAAGUGGUUGAAGCCUGGAGGCAAAGUACUUAUCAGUGAUUACUGCAGGAGUGCUGGAACUCCAUCACCAGAAUUUCUUGAGUACAUUAAACAGAGAGGAUAUGAUCUUCAUGAUGUAAAAGCGUAUGGCCAGAUGCUUGGGGAUGCUGGUUUUGAUGAGGUCAUUGCAGAGGAUCGAACUGAUCAGUUCAACCAAGUUCUGCAAAGGGAAUUAAAUGUUAUAGAGAAGGACAAGGAUGAAUUCAUCCGUGACUUUUCCGAAGAGGACUAUAAUGAUAUAAUCGAUGGAUGGAAGGCAAAGCUGAUCAGGAGUUCAUCUGGCGAGCAGCGAUGGGGUCUGUUCAUCGCCAAGAAAAAAUGA